CACCAUCGAUAUUUUCUGACAAGCUGGCCGAUCUUAUUUCAUCAUCAUCUUAACGACACUAAAGAGCUCGAUAUAUAUGAAAGGCUUUGUCCCCCUUCAUCAAUCCGUCUCCUCCACCUUUCCUCCACAAUUCCCUCCACCCUCAAUCGAAAAAAUCUUGCAACUUAAGCAAUUUUAUGUGAACUCCUGGUCUCUCUGACGCAUUCACUAACACUUCAAGGUUGUUUCUGUUCAGGUGUUCUUUCUGUCCCUGACCCGAAUCUUUCCUUGCUCACGAUUUGUGAACACCUUUUUUAACCUACCUCCCUCCCUACCUAUCUAUCUCUUACUCUGUACUCAUUCUUACUUACUCUUAACCUAUCGUACUCUUAACCUACCUCCUCUUAACCUACCUCCUCUUAACCUACCUCCUCUUAACCUACCUCCUCUUAACCUACCUUACUCUUUCUUACUUACUCUUAACCUACCUCAACCUUCCCCAAACUACAGACAGUCAAGCUUCUACCAUAUCGAUCAAAAUUUAGAAGACAACCAUCCAUAUAUUUAUUUGUUCAUCCAUCCCUCCAUUAUCUCCCUUCGGAUUCUUAACAGAGAUCAUCUCAAUCCAUAUCGUCCAAUAAUCUUUCGAUUUUCAACGUUGAAAUCGUAUUGCAGAUCUUAAAAACUCGUCUAAAGCUUACAUAGAAACAAAAAAACCCUUGCAGAUCUUUUCGCAAUCAUUUCAUCUCCGGAACGAAACGAGGCAAAAGGCAACAAUUCUCCCGGUCGCAUAUCAUAUCGUAACCACUAUUUCCUAUUUCCUUGUCCCCCCGCCAUCCUCUUAUCGACAGCACAAUUAUCGCCGUCGCCCGGAUAACCUGCAAACAAAUAUUAAGGAUCUUUCCAAUAAAGUUCUUUCCUCGCUUCUUGAUCUAUCACCUAUCCAUCCAUCAUCGCGAUAUCUUUUUCCGACUCUGCCUCAGGUCAGGCUGUGUCUUUUCCCUUUUUCAUUUUCAGGGCUGAAAAGAAUCAUCGGAGCUGGAUUCUUUUUGAAACCAAGCCUCGACUGAGAGUACCCUGUCCUGCUUACGAAUUCCAUAAAACAAUCUCAUUUGCCUUGAUGCGGUGACAGAGAUAACCAUAUCUAUCAUCUUAUCCUUCUCACCCCUUUCACGACCUUCUACCGCCGCUACCCCCUUCUCAUCCGCUCCGCAGGGAUCAUAUCACUGCCGCCAGUCACAAUGUCUAGCGACACUCUAUCAUCUCAAGAGCCAGCAUCUGGCCCCAGAUCUACCACUUCCUUUUUACCUAUAAAUUCCAAUCGUGCAAUUAAUGUCAAUGGUUCCGAAGUCGAAGGACCAUCCACUCAGCACAAUCCCCAAGAGACGACUUCCACGACGCCUCGACCCAGUACCGCACCGAAUACUCAACCUCGGCCGAUGCAUGGAACGGAAGAUGCAACGACUCCAACGACAACAUCAUUUGGAGCAGCCUCAAGCGCACUUGCAAAUCAAAGGCCUCUCCCACGUCCUUUCGAUAACGCUGCAUCUGUUUCCGAGUCCGUAAGAGACAUGACAUCAACCCUCAACCGAAACAAUUCAGUAAUGUCACAUAAUUCUGGUGGUUCCGAAGAUGUUGAUAUGGAUGAUUCGGAUGUUCAAAGUUCCAAUGGUGAUGGUUCAAGGCCCAAUAAGAAAAAGAAAACUCAAAGAUUCUUCUGCGUGGAUUUUCCACCAUGUAAUCUUAGCUUUACAAGGAGUGAGCAUUUGGCACGACAUAUAAGGUAAUUCACUACAUCUCAAGCUACUCCACAAUCUCUCCGUCUGCUAAUGGUUAUCCUCAUCUAGAAAGCACACCGGAGAGCGUCCCUUUGAGUGCCAUUGUAAGCGCAGGUUUUCUCGAUUGGACAAUUUGCGGCAACAUGCUCAGACGGUCCACCAAAAUGAGCCAAUUCCCCAAGACUCUUUGGCUGCCACUGGCACAAGAUAUCCUAGACAGGCUCGUAAUGACAGAGUCAGACCUGCUGGGAACAGACCCAGAGCUGCUACAGCAAGUGGACAGGCACCUACACAUCGUGGUCAUCAUCGGAACUCCUACUCCACCUCGAGCAUAAACUCUACUGCAUCUAGCUAUAGUCAGCCAAACAGUUUCAGGCCACGUCCACCCCCUCUACAGAUGGCUAGCUAUGGAUCAGAUAGCCCUUCUGCAUGGCGCCCAAGUUCACCUGGAGAAUACAGUACACCUACCUCUGCUACCUUUUCAACUGGCCAGAAUAGCCCUCGAUGGGCAUCCAAUGUGCAAUCACCUCUGAUGGGUACCUAUUCACGAACUGCUAGCAUUUACGAUGGACAUCGUACUCCUGGUCGUAGGUUGUCUACACCUUCCGCUGCGCACCCAUUUUCCUCGCCAAGCCUUGCUUCCAAUCCUUUCGGCACUCCACCAACUUUCACUGCACCGGCACCCUAUUCCCCAGGUAUGAUUUCAAGCCCUACAACCUCGACGGCGGGUAUGGGACAAUUUGGGGGGCAAUCGAUGGCUACCAAUCAUCCAGAUAUGGACAAUAGAAGGAGAACAUGGCACCAAGGAACUGAUGCAGCUACGCUAGCAUACACUAGCAGGUUGCAGAAUGUCAUGACUCCAAAUCACUAUGCAAGCGGCCCUAUUCCUGAACCGCCCACAAUUCUUCGCAGCAAUGCUCCUCCAGCGGAACAGACAACACUCCCAGGUAUAUCAAGUUUGUUCAGUAGGGCGUAUUCGCCGCCUCCUCGUGCUACAAAUCAAAUGAUGACUGAUAGACCAAAUUCUUACCAUCAGCCAAGCCCUACCAUGGCUGACUUGAACUCACGUCGCCAGCCGAGACAUUCCAUGGUGGAGUCAAACUUCUAUUCUCAAUCCAGACCUGUGCCGGUUAGAGACCGACCUCUUAGCUCUCAUCUUGAUCGGCAAUUCACCCAGUUAGACCUUCACGGUGCACCACAAGGAGACGCAGCAACCUGGGCCUCCGACGCAGCUCGUGCUGUUCAUGCCACUGCAGAGGAAUCACCAGCAGAUCGAACAAGAAGAAUGUUGGAAGAAUGUGGUAAUAUUCAUUCCGGCUUAGAGUUAAGACUUGCAAACCAACCAAGAGUAAUGUUUGAGCAUGCGGCACUUGGUCCUCGACCUGGGCCCUCUUCAUCUUAUCACCAGCAUACGGCUAGUGCGCCGGUUACUAUGCCCAGGUCAGACAGGCGGGACGGAUGGUAUCACGGACCAGGAGUAUAUCAUCAGACGUAUGAUAACAGAUUUCAAGGAACUUCCCCAGAAGGAUCAAGCAGUUCCGAAGGUGCAGCGCCUUUAAGUCCGCAGAGCGCCAACAGGAUGGAUCACAAUCCUACCGUUUUACAAUCAAACGGUUACUCUGAGGAAGCUUCUCGACCAAUUCGUCCUCAGCAACCAAUCAUCCACCACUACCAUUCACAAUCAAAUGGAAGCGAACCUUCUUACACGUAUGGGCCUUCUUCAUCAACUCAAACUAUGUAUCAGCAAAUUCCCAAGUCACCUGAGCAGCCUUACCGCACUGCUCUAGACACUUUGGUCGCUGUCGCAACAGGCGAUCAAAUUCCUGUGCAAAAACCCUUUUGAAGAAUUGAUUUCGUUGAUCAUAGCUUUUGUGUAUAUAUUACACCUCGACACAAUUUCUUUUAACAUACCCCAUUCGCAUUCUGUUUUAAGAAUGUUACGAAAUUAUGAAACAAAGACGGAUAUACAUUUUAUCUUCACGAUUCCCUCUUUUCCUUUUACAUCUACUGGGACCGGGACAUUGUGAUUUGGCAGCGUUGGUGUUCGGGUAUUUGACAUCAUUGUUCUUUUGUUUUUUUAUGUUUUCUCUCUCAGGAUUCAUUCAUGUGUCUACACAGUUAUACCCUGUGACAUAUGCGUCUUGUCUCGCCAUCCGGGAUUUAGGACCUAUUCCUGUGUCCACAACAUUUUUGUCUUGGCAUACUGUGUCUUUUACUGCUUCUCAUGUGUAGCAAUGUACUUCUCGGAACGUAUGGAUUAUCAUUAAGACGGUUCUCACCAUCGGGUUGGAAGAAGCCUUUGACCUGCCUAUCUGGCCAGCAUUUUGAACUACUUGGGUUGUUUAUCAUGAUUUAGCGCUAUUGGGGGAGGCUUCGGUUUUUAUUUCUAGCGUCGGGACAGGCGGUUCUCUACUCGGGAUUUCUUGGUGGGCGGCAAGCUUGACUAUGACU